CGGCAUCCGGAGCCCCGGGCCCUUUAAAUCUACACGGGAGCCCUGGGCGGCGCGGGCCAGCCGGACUGGAAGGGCUGGCUGGGGGAUGCUGACCCGCAACCCCGCCCCUUCCACCUGAGGACUCGCCCCCUCCGGGGGCUGGAGCCGCCCCGAACCCGUAAGUGGCCUCAGUUACUUUCACCCCGACCAUAGGGGUGAAAGGAAUGGGUUGAAAACAGGUCUGGGGCAGACAGGCAAACUAACAAAAAAACUCUAGGGGACUUGGGCAGGGUAGGAGGGACAAACAAAGUGGUCAGCAGUGGGCAGACGGGGCAGGUAGCAAAGGAAAAAGGGGCAAACUCCUGCUGGAGGCAAACAGAGGGUGGGAAGGCCCACCAGCCUACAGCAGCCGGGGAAGGGCGGGGGGACAAGUCCAUGAGGAGGGGGAGGACACAUGUAACCACCUGUGCUUGUGAACAAAGUCCUGGCUGCUGUUGCAGUCCCAAGUGGCAAAGGGCUGGGGAGGAGGGGGGGCGGUGGGGAAAGCAGCUGAGCUGGUAAGUAGAGGCAGUCCCAGAUGGUCUGUGGGAGUCACAAAGGAGAUGAUGGAGGUAGUGGGGGAACAGAUGGACUGGGGAGGAGUGGGCUCGCUCCCCGACAACAGCAGCAACAACUGCCACUGCACUGUCAGAGGCGAGGAUGGAAACAAAGCACAGUCCGGGCAACAGCAGCAGUCACAGUCACAGCAGCAACAGUACCUCCGCAACAGCCUCCUCUUCCAGCAACAGCAGCAACUCAUCUGACAGCAGUAGCAGCAGGCAACGGGCCAGGAGAGGCCCCAGUGGUGGUGGGGUUGCUCCCUCCCUGGGAGGAAGACCAGCAGGACAUCCAAGCUACAGCAGCAGCCAGCCUGCCAGCAAGCAAGACAACAAGAGGGGUCCUGGCUGAUGUGACUGCAGGGAAUAGAACAAUGAGAGAUCCCCUUCCCAGUUGGGCCUGCUUGUCUUUCAGCCUGUUGACCUUCUCCUUGCUUUGUGUAACGGCUGAGAACCAAUGUAAGAUCAGAAAUCAAGUGGCUGACUGCAGUCAUCUAAAGCUGAAACAAAUUCCUUCAGAUCUUCCAAUUAAUAUAACAGCGUUGGACAUUUCUCAUAACCAGCUAAACAAGCUACCACCUGCAAAUUUAACAAAGUACAGCCAGCUUAUUUACUUGGAUGCAGGAUCCAACAGCCUCUCUAAACUUCAGCCAGAACUGUGUCAAACUUUGCCCCUGUUAAAAGUUUUGAAACUGCAACAUAAUCAGUUGCGUGAGCUCACUGACAAUGUUUUUGCAUCCUGUGCCAGCCUGACUGAGCUCAAUUUAGGGUCCAACAUAAUAGAGAUCAAAGGCAAUCCUUUCAAAAACCUGAAGAAUUUGAACAUACUGGAUGUAUCUCAUAAUCGUUUGCUUUCUACAAAAUUAGGAUCCCAGCCACAGUUGGAGAGCCUUCGUGAGCUUGUGCUGUCAGAGAAUAAAAUCACUGAGUUAAAAAAGGAAGAACUAGAUUUUCUUAGCAACGCUUCCUUAAAUAGGCUUGACUUAUCAUCAAACCCACUGAAAGAGUUUCACACAGGCUGUUUACAUGCAAUUGGAAAUCUGUAUGGCCUUGUGCUGAACAAUGUAGAGCUUGGUGAAAAUCUCACAGAGAAACUUUGCUUGGAAUUAUCAGGCACAAGAAUUCAGAAUCUGUCACUGAGUCAGAUCCAGCUUUCUUUUAUUCACAAGUCAACCUUCCACGGACUUCAAACAACAAACCUCACAGCUUUAAACCUUUCCAAAAAUUAUUUGAACAUGAUAGAAAACGACUCUCUUACCUGGCUUUCAAGCUUAGAGAAUUUAAACCUAGAGGAUAAUAGGAUUUAUCACUUAUUUUCUCAUUCAUUGUAUGGAUUAUCCAAUGUCAAAUAUUUGAAUCUGAGAAGAUCACGUGUCAGAAAAAUUGAUGAUUUCUCCUUUCGUUGGCUAAGCCAUUUAGAGUAUCUUCUUAUAGAUAGUAAUAGUUUUCAAGAAAUUACUCCUAAUAUGUUCACAGGCUUGGACAAUCUGAAAUAUUUGAGUCUAUGUAACUGGACCAAUGGCUUACAAAUAAUAACUAAUAAAACAUUUUCAUCACUUGCUAAUUCUACUCUGCAGUUUCUUAAUCUUACAAAAAGUAGAAUCACAAAAAUAGAAGGUGGAGCAUUUUCUUGGUUGGGACACCUAAAAAUUCUUGAUUUGGGACUCAAUGAAAUAAACCAGGUGCUCACAGGUCAUGAGUUUAAAGGUCUGCAAAAUAUUGAGGAUAUCUACCUUUCCUACAACAAAGAGUUGACUUUGACAAGCGAAUCAUUUGCUUUUGUUCCAAGCCUUAGAAAACUGAUGCUACGGAAGGUAGCUUGUAGCAAUCUGGACCUCUCUCCUUCACCUUUUCACCCUCUACGGAAUCUAACCAUCCUGGAUAUCAGCAACAACAAUCUAGCUAACGUAAAAGAUGAUUUGUUUGAUGGACUUCACAAACUUGAAAUUCUGGAUUUGCAACAUAAUAAUUUGGCUCGACUUUGGAAACAUGCCAAUCCAGGUGGCCCUGUCCUUUUUUUAAAAGAUCUUCUUAACCUGCAUAUACUUAAUUUGAAGUCUAAUGGCUUGGAUGAGAUUCCAGUACAAGUUUUCAAGGGCUUGUUUCAAUUAAGAAGCCUGGAUUUAGGAUCAAAUAAUUUGAACUUGCUUCCAGCAUCUUUGUUUGAUGACCAGAUAUCUCUGAAUUCAUUAAUCCUUCAGAAAAAUCUUAUAACAUCUGUUGAAGAAAAAGUGUUUGGUUCAGCUUUCAAGAAUCUGAAAGAACUAGAGAUGGAUUCCAAUCCAUUUGACUGCACCUGUGAAAGUAUCUCCUGGUUUGUUAAUUGGCUUAAUGUGACCCAAACAAACAUACCUGGAUUAGAUACUCAUUACCUUUGCAACACCCCACCUAAAUAUCAUAGUACUCUGGUGAUGUAUUUUGACAUUUCACCCUGCAAAGAUAGUGCCCCUUUUCAAUUACUGUAUAUAAUAAGCACCACUGUGAUAAUGCUCUUCAUCUUUAUUGUCAUUCUUAUCCAUUUUGAAGGCUGGAGGAUAGCAUUUUACUGGAAUGUGUCAGUAAAUCGAGUACUUGGUUUUACAGAAAUAGACAGGCAACAGGAAGAGUUUGAUUAUGAUGCCUACAUUAUUCAUGCAAGAAGGGACAGGAAUUGGGUGUCCAAGAACUUCAUUCCUCUGGAAGAAAAUGAUCAGUCUCAAAUUAGGUUUUGUUUAGAGGAACGAGACUUUGAAGCAGGCAUAUCUGAAUUUGAAGCCACUAUUAAUAGUAUAAAAAGAAGUCGGAAGAUUAUCUUUGUUGUCACUGACCAUCUCUUAAAAGAUCCCUGGUGCAAAAAGUUCAAGGUGUACCACGCUGUUCAGCAAGCUAUUGAGCAAAGUCGGGAUUCCAUCAUACUGAUCUUUCUUCAUGACAUUCCAGAUUACAAACUGAAUCAUGCACUUUGCUUGAGAAGAGGAAUGUUCAAAUCUCGUUGCAUCUUGGAUUGGCCAGCUCAGAAAGAACGGGUCAAUGCAUUUCAUCAGCAAUUAAAAAUGGCACUUAAAUCUAGCAGCAACAUACAUUGAAUUUCUAAAGUAUAAGAUUGAACUGUUAGGACACUUCAUUUCAGACUGACUAAAGGACAACAGUCCUUGUGGGGAAAAAUUAAACCAAUCCACAGCAACUCCUCUAUUUUUCCUAUUAUGUGUUUUUAAUUGGUAAUUGUUCUUAUCCUUUGUAUAUUGUUUCACCUGUGUUCUGAGUUCAUACAAUGGUCAUGACGGACACAAAAAAUAGGAUCACCAACUCUUUCAAUCUGUGACCAAAAAGAAUCAGCCUAUUUAAAAUAGAGCAGAAAUAGAGUGAAGAAAGGGGUGGUGAGAAUGAGUAGGGGCAAGGUAAAUUUCCACAUGAAGGAGUGCUGAAAGACUGGAGGAAAUGAGAGGAAAUGAAUAAAAGGGAGGAAAUGUGAUACAGAUAUACAAAGUAAUGAAUGCUAGAGAGGGAAUAAGUGCCUGGGCACGUAGACCUCAUUUGUUAAUUCCUUCAAUGUUGCAGAGGGCUGUGUGCAGGCCCUCUGGAUUAAGAUGAAUUUCAAGCAAUGUGAGAGGAUCCAGAACCUCUCUCCUGUUUCUUAAUUCUAAUAGUUUUCUAUCUAGAUGCCUCCCCUCUAAAAUAGCUUGAAUUUAGGGCAUCCCCCAAGGAAAUGUUAUAGAAUUCUAUAAAUUCAAAGAACAGUAAAUUGAUAUUUCUAGUCCUUAUUUUUUUUUCAAAUGGAAGAUGCAGUUUGAUAAAUAUUGCUUCCAUAGCAGAUAGAAAAUGUAUUUCGGAUAACAACUGGGUAUAAGGACCUUAUCUUGCAAAGUUCUAAGCACUCUCAACUCCCAUUAAAUUCAAUCCGUUGCAGUCUUGGGACCUAAUUGCCACAGGUACAGUGUAUAUAGUUCUAAUUCCUGAAAUAUUAGGAUUACACAGAACUUUUUGUAUAUAAAACAAAUAAUAUUAGAGGGGACAUCCUGGCUCUACUGAAGUCAGUGGCAUUUUGCUAUUGCCAUCAUCUGCAGUGCCUAAUCUACAGUGCCUAAUCUUGCUUCAAUUCAGUGGGAGCGGAUAUGGAUCAAAGAAAUGAAAUGUGCUUUGUUUUAUGCAUUUGUAUCAUAUAUGCAGUAUGGAUGCUUCUAGUGUCUAGCAUGUAUUUUUAGUGUCUUAGAUCAGUGCUACUCGAAGUGGUGGUCUGCGGACCAGUGCUGGUCUGUGAGCCAUCGGCUGCCAGUCUGCGCGCACAUUGGAAAAAAAAAUUGCCGGUCCCCCACAUCAGACAGUGCUUCUCAAGCUAUCUUAGAUGCUAUGUACUUUUUUCUUUUUAGUUCUACCUUUGGUUUUGUCACUUAAAAUGAGUUGGAGAAAAGUGUUUAAAUAAGAACAGCAUACUAGUACUAUGUGUUUUGUAAACAGUACGAUUAAUACUCAAAGGGAAAAUAAGAGUUGUAACAGUGACUUGACAAGAGCACACUCACAGCUACCCAUAGGACAGAAUUUGAUGGAGGAACCAGGCUAUUGCUCUGACAGUACUGAACAUUGAGGCCCUAAUUCCCUACUCCCUUGUACCAGGCUACGAUUCUGAUCUGGUGAAGUCUCAGGCUCAUUUGACACAGGUAUAAAUGACUAUACAAACUGCAAGGCAGUGAAGAAUCAGCCCCUAAAACUUUUAAACCCUUUUAGGGGCAAAUCUUCCAUCUUCCAUAAUGGAAUGUCCCCACUAAGCAGAGAAAUUGGUAUGAUUCUACCGCAUUGGGUGUCUAGACCAUGGAAGUCUAUGCAAGGGGGUAUAUACCCUCUGUGGUGCUUGGAGUCCAGCUUCCCAGCCAUGUGGGGAGGAUUCUUUCUACCUCGGUCUCUGUGGAUUUCACUGAUAUUAAGCCUGUUAGUUGUGCUGUGCACUGAAUGGGGCCUUUGUGGUUUUGAACAGACAUAAUCACAUACUAUUCAAAAUGCAAUAUGUCUCUUUAGGAGGUUGUGUCUUUACCUAGAAAUCUAUUACUAAAACAUAGGAAAAUUCUUAUGGAUCAUAUCAGUGAAAGAAAACCACAGCAUCCUGAUUUGCAUGACAUUUUACAUGCACAUAAAUCUUAGUGUGAAUGACGGCAACAGUCAAAUCCUCUUCUCCUGCUGCCAGCUUGAAUCAAGUGGCAGCUAAAAAUACAUUCCUAUUUAAGUAUACAAUUUCUUUGUUUCCCACAGGGAAACUGGGACUAUGACUAUCAAAGGAGGUUGCUUGUAGGAUAGCCAAUGAUAGAGGAGGUGGUCCACAUCACAAUCUUUCUAUUGAAAUUUGAUGCAUGUUGUGGGGGAAGGAAACCUUUGAGGAACCCUGAACUAAGAAACAGGCUGUGGUUGAAAUGGGUAGAUUUUACAUUGGAUUUUUAACUAUUUUUUCCUUGUAGUUUUCAGAUAUCUGUUUUUAUUGGUAAGCUGUUGCACACUGGAGCUUUGCAAAUCCUCAUGGUUUUACAAUUAACACGGUAUUUAAUUCAGCCCUGAGUUAUAUAUGCAGCUCACUUAGGUUUUCCUCCUUCAAUGAAAACUGUUUUAAUAUGCAUAAAACUCUACAAGCAAGAUAAGAAAUAAGUGCUAUUUCCUGUGAGCAGCUGGAUAGAGUACCUACCAGAAAUCAAUAUUUAGUUGGAGAAUGAAAAAAAUCCUAUCAUACUAUUUUACCAAUAUUACUAUUAUUUCUUAGUGUUCCUAAAAAAUAUCUAUAGGUACCCACCUCUGGCUCUGCACUCCUCUCCCAUAAAUUAGAAAUAUACAAAUGAACGCUUCUCAUAUUCAUCCACCAAAUCCUCAGCCCAUCCCUUCUUCAAUAACUUGAGAGAACAGAUGGGUUCUGCAGAGUUCCCAAAUACAGGAUCUGGUAGACCAAAGGGAAGAUGGGUCCCAAAAUGAAAUACCCUUUUCAGAGAACACCCUGACAGCAGCUCCCUUUCAUUUACAUUGAGGGUGAUCAACCAUGAGCAUUCAUGCUGAUCUCUACAAUGGCUUAUGGCAGGGAAAGAGAGGUUGUUUCUCAGGUAACUGUGUCCCAAGCUAUUUACGACUUUAGAAGUAAAACCAAUAUCUAGAAUUCCACCUAGAAGAUUAUUGUGAGGAAGCAGAGAUCUUGGAGUACUAUUAAGGUGCAGUUCCACUGAAUAAGUGGCCCACAGCAUUGUGCAUUAGCUUCAGUUUCUGACUGGUCCCAAGGUAGCCUCCCAUACCUCACAUUACAGCAAUCUAAUCUUGAGGUGACAAAGGCACGAAUAGCAGCAUCAGAGAGGAAAGGCAGCAUUCUUCUCACCAGGCUCAGACAGAAAAGUGCCCAUGGUUGCAACCACUAUCUGAACAUCCAAGAGCAACUCAGGAUUUAACAACACUGUUACAAAUGAUGGUCACAAUCCCUCAGUGAUGGGGUGCUCAUAUAAAUUCCAUUAAACCAUAUGGCUGUUUCCACAAGCCCACCCUCCUAUCUGUGCCUUGUCUAGAUUAAAUCACAGCCAGCUCUCUCUCAUCCACAUUCUAACUUCACCUGAGAUGUUGUGUAAUUCACUGGGUAACUUAUACUUGACUGGGUCACUCAUGACUGAGACAUAGAGCUGGAUGAAUGCAUUGUGGCCUAUAUCAUAUAGCAAGAAAAAAUCAAUACUAAACCAUGUGGGUGCACAAGGCACACAAACUAAUUAUGCUAGUAACCUCUGCAGGAAACUCCUCAUAAAUAUUCUUCUGAGGAAAAAGUUAUUCAUAGGAAAACAAACUCCCAAAGCAAGCAUAUGGAAGGAUAUUUUCUCAUGUUCAUAAUUAAUAAUUUCUAUGGAUUGACCUGCUUGGUUGAACUUCCUCCCACUCUGAUACCAAAAUGUAUAUGCAUAUAAAUUGUCCUGAGUGACUUGUCAAAUGUUUUGUGGGAGGCACCUCUGCUAUUCUACUUGAGCUCAACAUGGAUUUAGGAUCUUCCAAAGAUUUUGAAAGGUUUUUUUAAAUUCAUGAGUCAAAACCACAUUUGAUUUUGUAACUGAAAUACGACAAACAUUUUCUCUCAUCUGUAAUAUAUCUUUUCUAUUUGAAAAAAAUUAUUAUAUUGCAGUAGAAGUAUGUCAGCACACUAGGAGAGUCCAUUUAACUUUAGCAUUACUCUGAAAAUAGACUAAAUAUAGCUCCUCCUUACUCUGCGGGUAUGUGUAUAUAUUCAAAGUAAUAAUGCUUAGUUUAGGGGCUAAAGUGAGGGUUUUGUUUUACUCCUGGAGAUCUGGAAAACUAAGAAUAAACUGAGUUUUAUUCCUUCUUGUAAAUCAAAAGAGUUGUUCACUAAAUUGCAGUUAUAAGGCCCAUCAGUUAUAUCUGUACAAACCAAAUGAAGGCAGUGAAGUUGGACAGGGGUUGCUGUGGCAUCUCUGUGACAAUGGGGGCUGCACUGUGACUGUGGGCAGAAUUGCAUUACCAUUACUUUUGUUACUGAUGAAACAUGCAAAGGAAAGAAUUCAGGAUAGCUGACUUGAAGAACAGCAGAAAUUGUAAUAUGUGUUGCCUAUAUAAGCAUUUUGUUAAUAUUGUAGCUGAAGACUAAAGAGCUGUAGAUGUGAGUGGGGAGAAAAAUCUUAAAAGUAAAUUAACUACCCAGUUGUUUGUUCUAUUGACUUUUGCUUUGGAUCGCUUUCUUUUGAUCCAUAAUCUUUUUUUUCCCCUUUGGCAGAAGGAAGGGAAGAAUUAUAAAGAAUACUAUAAUUCA